AACUCCAAACCAAGAAAGAACCAACUUUGAGAGCAGUGAGAGAUUUUUUUCAGGUCAUUGAAAUUUUUCACAUUCACUUUCUCACAUCUCAAAGAAAAAAAUGUCUAAUAAUAUUGUUAUUAUUUUUGACUUUGACAAAACCAUCAUUGAUUGUGAUAGUGAUAAUUGGUUGAUUGAUGAAUUGGGUUUCACCGAUUUGUUCAAUCAGCUCCUUCCCACAAUGCCUUGGAAUUCCGUCAUGGACAAAAUGAUGAUGGAAUUUCAUUCAAAUGGUGUAACCAUUGAAGAGAUUGAAAAGGUUCUUCAAAGGAUUCCAAUUCAUCACAGAAUAAUACCUGCAAUUAAAUCAGCUCAUGCUUUAGGGUGUGAUUUGAGGAUUGUUAGUGAUGCUAAUAUGUUUUACAUUGAAACUAUUUUGAAGCAUUUGGGAAUUAGUGAAUGCUUCUCAGAGAUUAACUCUAAUCCUGGUUAUGUUAAUCAAGAAGGAAGAGUUAGAAUUUCACCUUACCAUGAUUUCAAUAAGGCUUCACAUGGUUGCAACAAUGUCUGCCCUCCAAACAUGUGCAAGGGUUUAAUCAUUGAUAAAAUCAAAAAUACAAUUUAUGAUGGGGAUAACAAGAGGUUUAUCUACCUUGGUGAUGGUGCUGGAGAUUAUUGCCCUAGCUUGAGGUUUAAAGAGAGAGACUUUGUGAUGCCAAGGAAGAAUUUUCCAGUGUGGGAUUUGAUAUGCAAAGACCCUUCACUUGUUAAGGCUGAAAUUCAUGGUUGGUGUGAUGGAGAAGAGCUUGAACAAAUUUUGAUUCAAUUGAUCAACAAAAUUAUCAUUGAGGACAACGUUCAAUUCAUUGCUACUGAUUGCAAGCUGCAAACUCUAUCUAUUCAUGUGCUUGAAUCCUUGCCUAAAGCUCUCCCAGUUGGUCCAUAAAUUUUUAGUUUACUAUCAAUAUUGCAAAUGUGUUUAGCUGUGUUUGUUAAUUUUUAGAUUAUGUUUAAUCAAGCUUUUCUUGGAAUUCGUCCAUGAUGCAAACAUGUAAUGUCUAUCUAAUACAAUGAUCAAUUUGCCCUACA